AUGCUGCGCAGAGUGCCCAGAAGCCUUCCAAGGCUGUCACAUCGACCAGUGCUCAGACCUGUAGCGACGAGACCAAUUCUCGCAACCAUGACCCGUCACCUGUCCUCUCUACCGCCAGUCGAACCUCCCAUCUCCACCUCGCUUCCCUCCGACUCCUUCCAGUUACUUUCUACUGAAGAAAAGGCCGGUGAUGCCGAGGACGUCCUGUUCAAACAGCAAAUAGAGGACGUGAAGAAGUGGUGGGCGACGCCCAGAUACAAGGGCAUCAAGAGACCGUAUACUCCAGCCGAUGUUGUUAGCAAACGGGGCACUUUGCAACAGACAUAUCCUAGCUCUGUGAUGGCUCGGAAGUUAUUCAACUUGCUCAACGAAAGAGCAGCAGAAGGCAAGCCGGUUCAUACGAUGGGCGCGAUUGACCCUGUACAAAUGACACAACAGGCACCCAAUCAAGAAAUCCUCUACGUGUCGGGUUGGGCUUGUUCGUCCGUUUUAACCACCACAAAUGAAGUGUCGGCAGACUUUGGCGACUACCCUUAUAACACAGUACCAAACCAGGUACAGCGGCUGUUCAAAGCCCAACAGCUGCAUGACCGCAAGAACUAUGAUUCGAGGAGGAAACUGAGUGCGGAAGAGCGCAAGAAUACCCCGUAUAUUGACUAUAUGAGGCCUAUCGUGGCCGAUGGAGAUACCGGUCAUGGUGGUUUGUCGGCUGUUAUCAAGUUGGCCAAACUAUUUGCGGAAAAUGGAGCCGCGGCAGUUCAUUUCGAAGAUCAGCUCCAUGGCGGCAAGAAGUGUGGACAUCUGGCCGGCAAGGUAUUAGUGCCAGUUGGCGAUCACAUCAACCGACUUGUGGCUGCCAGAUUCCAGUGGGAUUUGAUGGGUUGCGAAAACCUUGUCAUUGCACGAACCGACUCGGAGAGCGGAAAACUGCUCUCUAGUGCCGUUGACGUCCGGGAUCACGAAUACAUUCUGGGUGUGACAGAGGAGACGGAACCUCUGUCCGAAGUCCUACAAGAAAUGGAAGCCAAGGGUGCCAGUGGGCCUGAUAUUGACUCGUUCGAAUCUGCUUGGGUCAAGAAACACAAGCUGGUCACCUUUGAUGAGGCUGUUGAAGCUCAUAUCAAGUCUGAAGGUGGCGAUGCCUCUGAGUACCUCGCCAAAACCAAGGAAAACCGCAACCUGUCGCUCACCAAGCGUCGUUCUCUCUCUUCCCAGUACACGAAGUCUCCUGUGGUCUGGUCGAGUGAUGUUCCCCGAACACGAGAAGGAUUCUAUCACUAUCGGGCAGGCCUACCGGCAGCAACCAAGCGAGCUAUAGAAUUUGCUCCCUAUGCUGACUUGCUGUGGCUUGAGACCGCCGAUCCAUCUGUGUCCAAAGGCGCAGGCUUUGCCAGAGAGAUCCGCGAGCAAUACCCUGGUAAGCAGCUGGUGUACAACCUUAGCCCGUCGUUCAACUGGAUGGGACAGGGCUUUGACGAUGCCUCUCUGAAGUCCUUUGUCUGGGAUCUCGCCAGGGAAGGAUUCGUCCUUCAAUUGAUCUCUCUGGCUGGCCUGCAUUCUGGAGCCACCAUCACCGCUGAACUAUCUCGAGGCUUCAAGGAGGAUGGUAUGCUUGCAUAUGUCAAGUUGGUGCAAAGCCGAGAGAAGGAGCUAGGCGUCGAUGUCUUGACACACCAGAAGUGGAGCGGAGCCCCAUACAUUGACGGUAUCAUUGGAGCUAUCCAGUCUGGAAGCAGCGGGAGCAGGAGUAUGGGUGAAGGCAACACGGAGUCCGGGUUCUAG